AUAUAUCUAAAUAGAAUAUAAAGCGAAAAAUUAAUUAAUUGAAAAGUAUUUUCAAUAUAUAUACAUGAUAUGCGUGUCUAAUUUCUCCGCUAAAUAGUUGCCGCAUAAAAAAUGAAUUAAAAUACAAAAAGAAUUUUUCGAAAAUAGAUUAAAUAAAAUAUCAAUAAGAAAGACUAUAAUACGGAAUUCUCGCCGAAAUGGAAGCAACCACACCAGCAUCAGCCGUAGAAGCUAUAACAGGAACAACGCCAACAACAACAAAAUCGAAAGAAGAUGAUAUAAAAAAUAAUUUUAAAGACAACGAACAUAACGUAGUAAGACUUUCCAAAACUGUAUCUACACCAACUGCUUUAAAUUUAGGAUUUCUUAACAAAUCACCUCCUACUCCUACGCCCAAUUUGGGGUCAGUCGGCAAGCAAGGCUCAGUUAAUUUUCGUCAUAGUUUGCUAUACGAUAGUGGAGCUGAGAGUUGCGAUAACGAUGAUCAAACGCGCUUAAUACGUACACCCUCUGUGCGGUCUCAUAAAUUCAUUAUAAUACCGGCAUCAACUCCAUUGGGAACACCGCAACAAUUAUCGCCUACAAAAUCCACGCCGUCAUUAACAGGUUUACAAAAACUGCCUCUGACACGACAUAGUACAGUCACUGAUCAACGACCUAUGCAAGCUAGCAAUCCUAAUCUGACAGAUAUUACUCACAGAGCAGCAAUCAACAUCGCAAGUUCAACACAAGCAUCACUAGCACAAUCGACGUCAUCUCCGAUCACAACAACUGCGCCGGGACUAAUACAGCGUUAUUCGCAUAGCAAAUAUCAAACGCCGUUCAUAACGCCAACACUGUCAUUGUCUGGCGCGGAUGUCAUUCAUCAAACUAAUGGACACGAAGUCGGGGCGGUGACAACGGCAACAUCAACGGUUUAUAGCACAAAAGCGAAUACAAGUGUUAAAUUUACAAUUGAGGAUUGCGAAUCAGAUAGUGCCGCUGCCGACGAUACGACAAUAGCAACAACAACUACAAUUACAACCGUUGUUGGUGCAUCAAAUUAUACAUCAAUUCCCGCAAUCAGUUCAAUUUAUUCCGCCAACUAUUUCACACUAACGCCUGCAUCAACGACAACACUUUCAUCAUCGUCGCCAUCAGUGAGAACAACUGUGAGACCCGUCUCAGCUCUGUUAGCAUCCAAUUUAACGAACACAUUAACUCCGGGAAUUGAUUCGCGUUCGCGUUACGACCGCAACAGCAGCAUGCGUUCUGUAGUGUCAGCUUUUACACCAGAUUCGAAUGAGUUAACAGUUAACAGUUUGAUACAGCCCUCAUCAUCCAGUUGUGGCGGUGGUAAAGACUUGAACACCAAUUCCUACUUACUGCGUGACAAUAUCGUAAAUCAAAUUUUCUCCGAUGUUACAUCAGUACGAUCGUUAGCUUCGAUAGGCAUUGGUUCAACCGAUGGUCGGCGAUUGGUAAUACGUAGAGUACCACAAACACCGAAUGAGUUGCUGAAUUUCGCCACUCCUCCAUCACCACAAUUACCCGGAGUUGAUGAUGAUGACGAUGAUAGUUUCAUGGAUACAUCUGAUGAGACGGCGAAUUUGAAACCACGUAAACAAAAAUGGGGCAGUAAAAUGCAAUUUGUGUUGGCAUGCAUCGGUUAUUCGGUGGGUUUGGGUAAUGUUUGGCGUUUCCCUUAUAUGUGCUAUAAAAGUGGAGGAGGUGUUUUCUUGGUUCCGUAUUGCAUUAUUUUAAUUAUUUGUAGCAUACCGUUACUGUUUAUGGAAUUAUCAAUAGGACAGUAUACGGGCAGAGGACCCAUAGGGGCUUUAGGACAAUUAUGCCCACUAUUCAAGGGUGCUGGCCUUGCCAGUGUCGUUGUUUCAUUUCUGAUGUCCACAUACUACAGUGUCAUUAUUGGUUAUUCAAUUUAUUACUUCUUCACAUCAUUUAAACCGGAAAUGCCGUGGGUCGAUUGCAACAACAGAUGGAACACACCGGAUUGCUGGGUACCUCAACGUUUUAGCGCCAAUAUAACAGCACCUGUUAUGUCACGGACACCAACCGAAGAAUUUUUCGAAAAUAAAGUGCUACAAAUUAGUCCCGGAAUUGAGUUUCCGGGCUUAAUGCGUUGGGAGCUGUUCGCUUGUCUGAUCUGUGCCUGGUUAAUGGUUUACUUUGCUACUUGGAAAUCAAUAAAAUCAUCAGCAAAGGUUCGUUAUUUUACUGCCACUUUUCCAUUUGUACUCAUUGUAAUAUUAAUGUGUCGCGCUGUUACACUAGAAGGUGCCAGUGACGGUUUACGUUAUUUUUUUCGUCCCAAUUGGGCGGAAAUUAAAAACGCCAACGUCUGGAUUAAUGCAGCCUCACAGAAUUUCAAUUCUUUGGGAAUUACUUUUGGUUCCAUGAUUUCAUUUGCCAGUUACAAUAAAUAUAAUAACAACAUUUUGCGGGAUACCGUAGCAGUUGGUAUCGUAAAUGUCUUAACGAGUUUACUAGUGGGCAUCUUUGCUUUUGCCACUUUGGGAAAUUUAGCUUUGGAACAAAAUAGCAACGUAAGGAAUGUCAUUGGCGAUGGUCCGGGCUUAAUAUUUGUAGUUUAUCCGCAAGCUAUGGUUAAAAUGCCUUACACUCAACUAUGGGCCGUUAUGUUUUUCUUUAUGCUCUUGUGUUUAGGUUUAAAUUCUCAGUUUGCCAUAAUUGAGGUGGUGGUUACAUCCAUACAAGAUGGUUUCCCUAAUUGGAUAAAGCGACACUUGGGCUAUCAUGAAAUUGUCGUUUUGAUCGUUUGCGUGAUUUCGUUUCUAUUCGGUUUACCUAAUCUAAUACAGGGUGGCAUAUACUUUUUCCAAUUGAUGGAUCAUUAUGCCGCAUCGGUAACCAUAAUGUUUCUGGCUUUCUGUCAAAUGAUAGCGAUUGCCUGGUUUUACGGUAUAGAACGGUUGUCGAAAAAUAUUAAACAAAUGACUGGAAAGGCGCCUUCGCCAUAUUUAAAAUCUUGCUGGAUAACAUUUGGACCUUGUUUACUUUUUGCAAUUUGGAUUUUAAGUUUAAUUAAUUAUAAGGAACCUAGCUAUCACAACGGCCAUUACAAAUAUCCGAAUUGGGCAUUUGGUAUUGGUUGGAUGUUUGCAUCGUUUUCGUUAGUAUGCAUACCAGGUUACGCUUUAAUAAAUCUAUUAAGAGCACCUGGACAAACAAUAUGGGAGCGUUUCAAGGUGACGUUACAUCCUAAUAUUUACGAAUGUAAGAUCUGUGGUGAACAUCACUGCGAACAUGAUUACCCAGAGCAAGAGCAAUAUAUGCUGCAACAGGAAUUGGCUGCUUUAUAUAAACCGCAGACACAAGGCAGUCCUCAACACACUUAUACCAUGAAGACAGGUCAAAAAUUCGGCUACAGUCCAAUGCAUUUACAGACUGCCACAGAAAACACAAAAGAGAGGCAUGUAGUGGAUAUGCAACAGAAAGAAGAGCAAGAAGAAUUGGCAGAGGCACCAAAUAAUUCCCUCAAUGCAACCAAUAAUGAACAAAGAUGAUUCUCAUUAUAAGAGUCAUCAUUAGCUAUAAAGAUAAAUAUUUUUAAUAAAAUAUAAAAAUUACUUCAAAAAUAAAUGA